UUGCAUUUGGUUCCCAAACGACCUUUUAUGUCAAUGAUUUGCAGACUUUUUCUGGCCGGAGUUCCUCGCUCUGUUUCGUGUUGGGGGUGUCCUUCCUGUGCGCAUCCCCCUUUUGAGUGCUGACCCUCUGCAUCCCUGCUGCUCCCAGGCAUGCACUGCGGGCUGGAACAACAGCCAACCCCGCUCCCCAUCUGCGAGUGCUCCUGAGGGCUUUCCAGGCGGAUUGCAGCAGAUGCUGCAGCACAAGCACUCCUGCUCCUUCUGCACAUCUCCAUCUCGCCCCUGGGCAGCCCCAGCUGCAGCCAUCCUCUGUGGCAGCCCACGGGUUCAUGGACCCCGUCAGCCCUCUCUGCUGCAUGCUCCUGUCUAGGAAAGCCUCUCCUAAAGGAUCCUGAGACACUUUGGGAAUGCUGAGGAUCUGGGCUCACUUCAGAGAAUCACGGAAUGGUUGGGUUGGAAGGGACCUCACAGCCCACCCAGUUCCAACUCCCUGCCGUGGGCUGUGUGCCUCCCACCGGGUCAGGCUCCCAGGGCCCCAUGCAGCCCAGCCCCGAGCACCUCCAGGGAUGGGGCAGCCCCACUUCUGUGGGCAGCAGCGUCAGGGCUGAGGUGCCGUCUCACCAGAGCCGAGUACGAGCGAUGGUUAUAUCAAGAAGCACGAGGCCAAGCGCGCUGCAGCGCGGCAGAGGCGAUGACGGCGCGGCUCCAUCUCCAGCCGCUGCCCUGCCCUUGGCUCGCCCCGGCUCUCGCCCGGGUGCCACUCCUCAGCCGGGGUUCCCCCCGCCCAGCGCCCGCUCCCUCCCCGCCCUCCCUCCCACGGAGCGCUCUGCUCGCAGCCGUGCAGCCCCAGCCAUGGCAGCGGGUGGGUGCCGCUGGCGCAGCUGCCUGGAGGUGGUCGCGUCCCGCCAGGGGCAGCGGGUGCAGCACUUCCAGCAAGCCGAGGACAUCCUGCUGACCUUGCUGGAGCACGUCCACGCCGAAGAGCCCCGCUUCCUGGUGGACUACUCCAGGAACCUGGAAGCCUUCGAGUUCGUGCUCUGCGCCUCCGAGGAUGCCGUCGUGGUGGAGGUGCCACUGCGCAUCGAUGGCGAUGCCCUGCGGGUGCGGCCGUGCCAGCCCACGGACAACGGGAGCACAGGACACGGGCAGCCGGGUGCCUGCAGCCUCGAGGUGCCCUCUGUGGUGACUGGAGUGGGGGACUGGACCAGCACGGGCAGCACGGGUGGGAUGGAGCAGGUACGGUGCCUGGCACCGGGCAAAGUCCUGCAGCGCCUGAAAGAGCUCCUUGUGUCGGCCAUCGUGCAGUGCCAGCGCCGCUCCCUCCUGCAGCCAGGUGACCUCAGAGCCGAAAAUCUGGUUGAAGAUGCCAUGGAGCUGCCCCUGCUGGUGCGCGGCGGCUGGAGGACCAUCCGCUUUGAUGUGGUCCCGGUGGUCAGGAGGCGGCAGGAGAGCCCAGGGCCGGAUGGGAGGCAGCGUGACCGCGGCUUCCCCGAGGGCACCCUCCAGAAGGCCACCGGAGAUGCUCACUUUGUCCCGGCCUCCAACCACUGCUGGAGGCCCUCUACCCACCUCCCCAUCCUGAAGCUGCUCUGGGCUGUGGACAGUCUGCAGGGACCCCGGCUGGACAGCCUGCGCCUGCUGGAGCAGCUCCGCAGCCAGGACUGGAGGGAAGAGGACGGGAGGGACGGUCUCACCUUCAACCACCUGAAGAUGGUGCUGCUGUGGAGCACAGAGCUGUUCCCCUCUCCUGAGGACUGGCAGGACCUGGAGGGCUCUGUCUACAGGCUGCUGGUGGUCCUCCUGCGCUGCCUGGCCACGCAGCGCCUGCCCCACUUCCUGCACCCGGAGCAGAACCUCUUCCAGGGGGAUCCACACCGCCUGGCAUCGCUCUACCCCAAGGUGGAGGCCUUUGCAUGGGACCCUGCACGCUUCCUCCGCUUCCACUUUGGCCUCCCAGCGCGUGCCGAUGGUGUGCAGGCAGACCCAGCCCUCCGAGCUCUCCUGCAUCUCCCUGCCAAGGAUGGGACGUACUGGGACACGGCCUAUUUUGACGUCCUGCUCAGCCAGCUGCAGGUGUACCAGAUCCAGGAUGCCACGCGCCGCUCAGCCAUGUCCUGGCUCCUCACCAAGCUCCGCAGAGACAUCCCGCUGCAGAGCUGAGUGGGACUCACUGCCACCCCUGUGCUCGCCAUGGGGUGAGGGGAACCCAGGCUGUGGGGAACCCCGGGCUUUGUUGGGAAGGGGAGAAACCUUUCUGCUCCAAAGAUUGGCAGGAACUGGCCCAGCUCUGCCUCUCUCCCUGUGCUGGGACUUUGCAGCGCUUCCCCCAGCUGCACCUUUCCUCUUGGAUCUCGGCGAGUCCAGGCAAGCUGCAGGGCUGGGGAGCAGCAUGGAGCUGUGCGGCUUUAUUCAGGAAAGGUGGCAGUGGGGAGCAGCACACGUCUGCAGCAGAUGGGUGGUGGUGACGGUGUUGGAAAGGAUGGGAGGGGAGGGGGCCUGCAGCUGGAUCCUGCCCCCACCCCUACCCCCUGAGCGCAUUGGGGCUGCUGAGCCCCGGGCCGGGCGGGGUGGGGAUCGGGGCAGUGGGGAGAGGAGGAAGGCUGUUGGCCGCCUCUGUACUGUGUCCUGCCGAUGUGCUGCUCCCUGCGGGCGGAGGAUCCCACUCACAGCCUGCUGUGCUGGCAGUGCUGCAGGGCGUCUCGCAGGGCCUGCAGCAGGAGGUCCACGUUGUCCUGGGUCGCGUUGUGGCCCAUGAGGCCGAUCCGCAGCACCUGGAGGAGAAGGGUGGGUUUCCCCUGCAGCACCCACCUUUGGGCCGUGUGUGGGGCAUACAACGAGCUGUACAUGCACACGUAUGCGCGCCCCAGUCUGUUCCUAUUUAACCCUCAUUUCCCCUCUGUCACGAUAAAGAUAUGUUAGCCUACUGAUUAA